AGAACGAGACGCACGUUGGGAGACUAUGCAUUGGGCAAGACUUUGGGAGCCGGAAGUAUGGGAAAGGUGAAAUUAGGUGUGAAGAUGGGCAAUGGAGAAAAAGUGGCCAUAAAAAUCAUUCCAAGACACACUUCUUUAGCAGCUGCGCAGAAUCCAAGACCAUCUCAUCAUUCCGAUGGAACGGAAAAGCAUGUCGCACCACCAACUGCAAGCUUCUUGGCCAAAGCAGCUGCAAAGGAUCAUUCAAAAGAAGUGCGCACUGUUCGCGAAGGUAGCUUGCAGCUGUUGCUACAUCAUCCUUAUGUCUGUGGGAUGCGAGAAAUGAUCAUUCAUCCAAAUCACUAUUACAUGAUCUUCGAAUAUGUCAAUGGAGGCCAAAUGCUGGACUACAUCAUCAGUCAUGGACGAUUGCGCGAAAGGGCAGCACGCAAAUUUGCUCGUCAAAUCGGAAGUGCGCUUGAGUAUUGUCACCGCAACAGUAUUGUACAUCGUGAUUUGAAGAUCGAAAAUAUUCUAAUCUCAAAGACUGGAAAUAUCAAGAUUAUCGAUUUCGGUUUAUCAAAUCUCUUCUCACCUCAUUCACAGUUGAACACCUUUUGCGGAUCACUCUAUUUCGCUGCACCUGAACUUCUCAACGCCAAAGCGUACACCGGUCCAGAAGUAGACGUUUGGAGUUUCGGUAUCGUGCUGUAUGUUUUGGUGUGCGGAAAAGUACCAUUUGACGAUCAAAGUAUGCCGGCUUUGCAUGCCAAGAUCAAGAAAGGACAAGUUGAAUAUCCUGCUUGGUUGAGUGGAGAAUGCAAGCAUAUCUUAUCGCGCAUGUUGGUCACCAAUCCUUCUAUGCGUGCGACUUUGCCGGAAAUUCUUGCACAUCCAUGGAUGGUGAAAGGAUAUGAUGGAGCGCCAAAUCCUCACAUUCAAACCCGUCAGCCCUUGCGAACGCAAUCUUUGAACCCAGAAGUGAUUAAAGGUAUGACUGGGUUUGAAUUUGGAUCACCUGAAGAUAUUGAGGCAAGAUUGUUGGAAGUUUUGACGAGCGAUGCUUAUCAACAAGCAUUACAGGCUUGGGAAGUCAAACAUGGUCUCACAAACGGCACUUCGAUCUCAUCCGCUGAUAUGGGCGGAUCAACCCCUUUGGGACGCUCUACAACAAGAGCAAGCGUGGACUCCAAAUCAAAGUCCAACUCUCGACGCUUUUCUGGUAUUGACUUUUACCGUAAGAAGCUAGGUGGAUCAUCGCUCUUUGGAUCAAAAGAUGAUAGUGCAACUGUCAACAAUGGGUCCAACAAUUCAAGUUCGGGUGGUAACUCGGGCAAUUUUGCCAACGGUAGAGAGCCGUUGGAUCCAACGCGCGGUUUCCAUCCUCUGAUUUCGAUCUAUUACCUCGUGCAGGAAAAGAUGGAGAGGGAGAGAUUGUAUGGUCAUUCAUUCUUUGCCAGUUCCAAUAUCUCGCUCAAUGGUACAACACCUCCGAUGAGUGCAAGAACGGCAGGCUCAAAUGCUUCAUCGACGCCUACCCCCGUAUUUGAUUCACUCAGUGGUGCUCCACCAAGCGCUUCUCCACCUACAGUCUCAAAUCACAGACGUAGCCUAAGUAUGACGAUGAAAUCAAGGGCAAGCGGUAACAAUGCAGCAGCUUCGCCAAACCAAACAUCUCCUCUACCUCCAACGCCAUUGGAGAACGAGGUUGUGAUUGCAUCUAGAACGUCAAGGGUUGCGUCUACGUCGCCUGAUAAGCGAAGAAGCUUCCAUGCUGGUGUGACACCAAUCAUGGCAUUAAGUCCGGUGGAAAAUGAAGUGUUGGAGAAUCGUGCUGGGUCUGAAUCCGUUCCAGCUACACCUCAACAGAAUUUGACUCAGCCAUCGACUGGUAGCUCACUUUCGCGCAGAUUUGGAUCGUUCAUUGGCCGUUCUCCGUCUACACCAACGGAAUUGGACGCAAAGGAUAAACGCAGACAAGUUCGUAUGAGCACUGGCGGUAUUGGUACUGGAUCACUGGUCACACGUAGGGCAAGUGUUCAAGUUCCAGGUGUAUCAGCAUCAGGCACAGCAGCUGCCGGUUUAGGCCAAGUUGACGAAAGUCAAGCUGAUGAAAGAAGAGCAAUGGAAGAAGAUCAAAGCCCGUCUAAUGUUCGCAACGCGGAAGUCAGAAGAGCGGGAACACUUCUUGAUUCUAGAAGAGCAAGUUACAAUCCUCGUUCAACGCCUGCUGCAAGCAUGAGUCGUGCAAGUGGUAAUCAAUAUUUGCAAAACAAUACUGCAGAUGCUGUAAUGUCGCCAAAGAUGUCACCAACAGGCGUACGCAGACCGAGUGAUGAUUUCCCAGCCUCACCACUUGACACAGCACCGCAAAGCUCAUUCGAUCACAAUACCGCAACACCCAACAACAAGAAUGGCAAUCGUAACACGAGUGUUUCCAAUACAAACACUCCUGCUUCUGACCAUUUCUCAUCAAAGCCAGUCUUUUUGAAGGGAUUGUUCAGCGUUCAAACAACGACCACAAAGCCUAGAGCAUUGUUGCAUGCAGACCUGAUCAGAGUUUUGGAAAGGAUUGGCUUGCAAUACCGUGACGUGAAAGGUGGUUAUGAAUGUGUGCAUAUGCCAAGUUUGGACUUUUCCGCUUUCAACAAUGCAAAUGUCGCUUCUGGUCAUGGCAAUGCUCGAAUUACACCUCAGGGUGAAUUGAACGAAUCCAAUCCAACCUUCUCGGAAGGUGGCAUUGAAGGAGGAAUGAUUCGAUCGCCUAGACGUAAGCCAAGCAGGAUGUCCAAACAAAGCAGUGGAGGAAGUCAAAAUACUCGCGGUAUGGGCAAUUCAUCCAGUCAAACAGCCAAUUCGAUGGCGAUGGAAUUAGCAGUUCGAUUUGAGAUUUAUGUGGUGAAAGUGCCGCUCUUGUUGGGUGUGAAUGGAUUACAAUUCAGGAGAAUUAGUGGAAAUCCAUGGCAAUAUCAACAAUUGGCAAGAAGAGUAUUGCAAGAGUUGAAGCUGUGA